AUGGCCCACCAGUAUGCGGACACGGCAUACGAAGACCGCUUCGUCUCCGCGCCGUCUGACAGCGGCGAACUAGCCGACGAUGAAUUGGAAGAGGAUUCAUCCGAGUACGACGAGUUUGAUGGACUCGAAGAAAACCAUCACAUCAACACGAUGGCUGUCGGCAACGAAACCGGCAUCCAAAACACCAACUUUGUUGACAAGGUCGGCACUCCAGCACGCUGGAAUGCCAUCGCCAAUCCCUUCUCAACGCCUUUCACACCCACUAUCCCGCCUUUUGGAGAGUAUGUGAGCAGAAUGCCACAUGCCGCACACAACUCUGCCGGCUACUACAACAUGCACAGUGGUAUCUACGCGCCACCCGUUCCUGCUCAAGUCUUCGCGAACAACGUCGUCCAGCCGUUCAAUCCAUUCGGUUCAUUCAUCCCAUACAACCCGUUCGCUGGCGACGCAUACCCCGCUCUCAACGAGCACCAAGUCCAUGCACACGACGAAACCAACCUCGAUUUCAACUCACACAUGCAAGGCUACGUAAUGCCGCCAGAGAGUCUGCCAGUUGGUUUUGCGCGGGCUCCACCGGGUUCAAUUGAGCCCAUGUUGCAUGUGGCUACGCCUCCCAUUGAUCCCGCUUUGCUCAUGCCGAACACGGAAGCGAGGGCGUUGCAGAGUCCUCCAAGGCACAAGACGAGUACUGGACUCGCGACUACGCCGUCGAAUAAGCGAAUGAGGGUCGGUAGUGGGGAGUUGGAGGCACGCUACUCAGGUCUGCUGCCAGGAGAGCCGUCGGAUGCGCCUGGUGAGCUGCUUGCGGAGGAAGAGUACAAGGAUGCUGAUGCUGACGCUCAAGUCUAUGAGCGCGGUUGGUUUUUGUUGGAUUUGUGA